UGCCACCUGUCAGUGCCCAUCAGUGCCUUAUGUCAGUGCUAAUCAGUGCCUCGUACCAGUGCCCAUCAGUGCAACAUCACUGCCUUUCAGUGUCACCCAUCAGUGCCAGUCAGUGCCACCUAUCAAUGCCAAUCAGUGCCGCCUAUCAGUGCUGCCAAUCAGUGCCACCAUCAUCAGUGCUGCCUAUCAGUGCGCAUCAGUGCCGCCUAACAGUGCCAGUCAGUGCCACCUAUCAGUGCCAGCCAGUGCCGCCUAUUAGUGCCAGUCAGUGCCACCUAUCAAUGCCAAUCAGUGCCACCUAUCAG